AUGGCUAUAUCAAAAGUAUCAACUUCAUUACUACCGAAUAAACUGAAAAUCGUUUGGUUUUGGCAGUCAAAUGCUGAUCCCUGGAAUGAAAAGGAGCAACGAGAGUGGAAACGUUAUUCAGAUUUUGAAAAUGAAUUUAUUGAAGAAGCAUAUCAACGAUCAGAAAACGAAGUUGAUUUAAUUGAUCAUGUUAUUGAAUUUGAACACAACAUACAAUACAACAAACGAGACAGAAAUAAACAACGUAGGGUAAAACGUGAUGAAAUUGAUGUGAGUAACUAUGUGAGAGUGGAAAGAUUUUGUUAUCCUGAAAAGGCAGUGAAGUUGUUUGAUGAUGGUGAUAAACCACCGGACUGUGCUUUUAUGAUAGAAUGGCGCCGGAGAAAACGAGAACUAGGACAAGAUGAUGUCACUAUUGCUGAACUUGCUGCUCAAGGUAAGAACAUUUUAAUCUUAAUAACAAAUCUUGUAUAUUUUGUUCACGUACUUGAUGCAGGUAUUUUACGAGAAGGUAAAUUAUUGAAUCAAGAAUUUGAUGCCCAGCGAAUGGCUGAUCAAUUGAGAAGUUAUACAAAUGAUGAUCGUGAAACAUAUAGUUGUGCUGCACGUCUCUAUACUGCUGAAUCAUUUCUCUAUAAAUUACUUAAUUCAACGUUAAGAAAUGAAGAUAUGAGCAAGGCUGAUACAUUAGGACCAUUCUUUCAUUUAUUAUACAAACAUGUACAGGUUGCAGGCUAUGAUCGUGAAGAACAAACUGUUUAUCGUGGUACAACUCUCACCAAUGAAAUGCUUGAAGGAUAUAAAAAAGCUGUUGGUACUUCAAUUAGAUGGUUAGCAUUUACUUCUACGUCAAAAGAUCGUCGAGUAGCUGAGACAUUUAAUGGUAAUACAUUAUUUAUCAUAACUUUGCAAAGUUGGUUUCUUUUCGACGCACGAUGUGCUGUUUCUGCUCUCUCACAUUAUCCUGAUGAACAAGAAAUACUACUUACAGCUUCAUACAGAUUUCGAGUAGAAAAAGUUGAUCAUGAUACAACAAGUGGGAAAUAUUUUAUUUACAUGAGAGAUGAGAAUCGGUGA